AUGGCAUUCACUGGGUAUGUCUUUAAAUCUCUACAAGAAAUCACACCCUACCUGGAAGAUGCAGAGACUGGCCAGACGACCACAUGGGCUAAGCAACAGGCCAUUAGAUUGAAAUGCUUUGUGCUGGCUGGCUAUCCUGAAGUCAUCAAAGAGGAUGGUCAAACAAAACACUACAAUAGUCAGUGCUGUGUAAACCAGGAAGGAAAGCUGGUUUACACUUACAGAAAGCAUUUUCUGUAUCAGGUGGAUGAGAAUUGGGCAGCAGAAGGACCUGGAUUCACAUCGGUAGAUAUCAAGGGUCUGGGUAAAGUCGGAUUUGGCAUCUGUAUGGAUCUCAAUCCCUACCGCUUUGAGGCACCAUUCGAUGCAUUUGAGUUUGCCACCUACCACGCCCAGCAAGGCACAAAGCUGAUCUUGUGCAGUAUGGCAUGGCUACAAUCCAAGGGAAAAAGUGAGAACAUCAGAGUUCGUAGUACAAUUUCCUACUGGGCCGAGCGACUUUACCCAUUGAUAAAUCCUCCAAAAACAAAGGAUUCAUCGCCUGGAGUACCUUUGCAGGAGGUAGCUGCGUACUUGAACUGUUUCCUCAAUGCUUGA